ACUACUACUACUACUUCCACUGGGAACCAAGCAAACCCACUGCGAAUUGCGGCCCCCGACCCCAUUAAUAAGUCGAAUCUAGUUAUUCCAGGCGAGUUUUCUCGUUGUUUCUAAUCGGAGGUACCACAACUGCCAAGGCUCGAAAUGUUAAUCGAACUGCAGCAAAGAGUAAGUCAUUACCAAUGGAGGGUCAUAGUAAAGAGAGAAAGACGACGUCAGAAACGGCAAACAAAAGCUAGGGAGCGAGACAAAGAGUUUAAAGAAGAACAAGAGGCUCUUCUGUCAGACCCUUCAUACUUGGAAGAGUUAGAAGAAUAUCAACGACAUGAAGAAUUUGCUCAGAAACUUGAAGAGGAAGAAGCAGCAAGAAGAAAAGAAGAAUGGCAAUUACGUGAUGCUGCCCUCCAUUCAAAGUUCCUGAGGGAAAAGGAAAGAGAACGUUUGCAGGAAGAAGCACGUCAGAGACAAGAGGAACUCAUCAAAAAAGAAUGGGAAGAAAAGCAGGCAAAGGAAAAGGAAGAAGAGAAGAAGAAGAAAAAGGAGCAGGAAGCACUACUCGAAGCUGCAACAAAAGGCCUGGGCAAGGAUGAUGAACCUACACAUAACCCAGAACCUCCAGCAAAUUAUCACGGAAAGGACAUUGUUCACAUCGAGAGGGAAGCAUGCCCAUUUUUCUCAAAAACUGGGGCCUGCCGUUUUGGCAUUCAUUGCUCAAGGGAACAUAAGUAUCCUGAAGUAAGUACAACGAUCCUGAUCCAAAAUAUGUAUUCACACUUUGGCAUGGAGAAAGUAGCUUUUGACGAGUAUGAUGAUGAUGCAUCCCUAGAGUACUCCGAACGAGAAACUUACGAACACUUCAGAGACUUCUAUGAAGAUGUUUUACCAGAGUUAAAAAGAUGUGGAAGUGUGAUGCAGUUCAAAGUAUGUUGCAAUACCAGUGCUCAUCUUCGUGGUAACUUGUAUGUACAAUAUUCAAAUGAAACAGAAGCUCUGAAGGCUCGCAGUAUUUUUAAUGGUCGCUGGUAUGCUGGUCGCCAGCUUAACUGUAUACUGGUUGAUAUUUCAAAAUGGAAAGCAGCAUUGUGCAAAUUGUUUCAGCGUAAUAAGAAAGGCUGCCCUAAAGGGGGGCAGUGUAACUUUCUCCAUGCAUUUCAUAAUCCAGGAAAUGCUUUCUGGAGAGCUGACAUGGACCUCCCAUUGCAAGGUCCUCUUCAGCAUACUCGUACAUCACCACAAAGAUCCAAUGAAAGAGGAAAAGAAAAAAGCAACCGGAGCAGGAAACGAUCACGUCGAUCAAGGUCUAGAUCCCGAACAAGAAGUAUACGAAGUAAUUCUCGAAGGUCUAGAUCAAGAAGCACAGACUGGUCUGAAAGAUCAGAAUUCCAUAAGCUCAAGAAAAAGAAUCCAAGUACCAUGACUGAUUAUCGCAAGUCCAGAUCUCCCUCCAGAAAAUCAGAUUUUAGACCUAGGAAACAUAGAAGAAGAGGAAGGUCUCGAAGCAAAUCGAAGUCCCCGUCUAGCACUAAGGAUAGGUCAAGGUCUCCUGAUAAUUAUGAGAAGUUAAGAGUUAAACAUAAGUCGAAGUAUAGUUCAAGAAAUAAUUCAAGAUCUAACAGUUUAUCAAAGUCUCCUAAACAAUACAGAAAUAAGUCUAAAUCCCCUGAAAUAUUCAAAAGAUCCAGCGGGCGAAGAAAGACAAGAUCACCUCCUAGAAAGAGAAGUAAUUCAAGGUCAUGGUCACCUGAGAGACAAGGAAAUAGAUCGAAGUCACCUCAGAGAAGUAAAUCAAAGUCUCCAUACAGAAGUAAUAAAGUUAAUGGUUCCACAUAAGGUAAAGACAUUGUACUGAUUAUUAACACAAUAAAUGCUCAAAUAAGUUUGUUGAAACAUCUGUAAAAGUAUAUUUUUCUACAAUAAAAAUUAUA